CCAGACCCCUUCAAGCCGUUCAUCAUAUUCUCCAACCGCCACGAGAUCCGCCGCAUCGACCUGCACCGGGGCGACUACAGCGUCCUGGUCCCCGGGCUGCGCAACACCAUCGCCUUGGACUUCCACCUCAACCAGAGCUCGCUGUACUGGACCGACGUGGUGGAGGACAAAAUCUAUAGGGGAAAGCUGCUCGAGAAUGGGGGGGACGCCAGCCUGCCCCGCAUCGAGGCCGCUUCCAUGAGCGGCGCGGGCCGGCGCACCAUCCACAAGGAGACGGGCUCGGGGGGCUGGCCCAACGGGCUCACCGUCGACUACCUGGAGAAGCGCAUCCUCUGGAUCGACGCCAGGUCGGACGCCAUCUACUCGGCCCUGUACGACGGGACAGGGCACAUCGAGGUGCUGCGGGGCCACGAGUACCUGUCACACCCCUUCGCCGUCACCCUCUACGGGGGCGAGGUCUACUGGACCGACUGGCGCACCAACACCUUGGCCAAGGCCAACAAGUGGACGGGGCACAACGUGACGGUGGUGCAGAGGACCAACACGCAGCCUUUCGACCUGCAGGUGUAUCACCCCUCCCGGCAGCCCCUGGCUCCUAAUCCCUGUGAAGCCAACAGGGGCAAAGGGCCGUGUUCCCACCUCUGCCUCAUCAACUACAACCGCACGUUGUCCUGCGCCUGCCCCCACCUCAUGAAGCUGGACAAGGACAACACAACCUGCUACGAGUUUAAGAAGUUCCUGCUGUACGCGCGGCAGAUGGAGAUCCGGGGCGUGGACAUCGACAACCCCUACUACAACUACAUCAUCUCCUUCACGGUGCCCGACAUCGACAACGUCACGGUGGUGGACUACGACGCCCUGGAGCAGCGCAUUUACUGGUCUGAUGUCCGCACCCAGACCAUCAAGAGAGCCUUCAUCAACGGCACCGGCGUGGAGACCGUCGUCUCGGCAGACCUGCCCAACGCCCAUGGCCUGUCUGUGGAUUGGGUGUCCAGAAACCUCUUCUGGACCAGCUACGACGCCAACAAGAAGCAGAUCAACGUGGCCCGGCUGGACGGCUCCUUCAAGAACGCGGUGAUCCAGGGGCUGGACAAACCUCAUUGCCUGGUGGUUCACCCCCUCCGGGGGUAAGGCUCUGAUGGGACGCGGUGCCAGUGGGCUCGGGGUCAGGCGAGGAGCGCUGGAGGAGGAGGAGGAGGAGGAGGAGGAGGUGUUGGCUUGGCCAUUGACUACCCUGAGAGCAAACUCUACUGGAUCAGCUCCGGCAACGGCACCAUCAACAGAUGCAACCUGGACGGCAGUGACCUGGAGGUGAUCGAGUCCGUGAAGAGCCAGCUGAGCAAGGCGACCGCCCUGGCCAUCAUGGGGGACAAGCUGUGGUGGGCUGACCAGGCUUCCGAGAGGAUGGGCACCUGCAACAAGAAGGAUGGGACAGAGGUGACGGUGCUGCGCAACAGCACCACGCUGGUGAUGCACAUGAAGGUGUACGAUGAGAGCAUCCAGCAAGAGAACGACACCAUUUACUGGGUGGACAUGGGUCUGAGCACCAUUAGCCGGGCCAAGCGGGACCAGACGUGGCGGGAGGACGUGGUCACCAACGGCAUUGGCCGCGUGGAGGGCAUCGCCGUUGACUGGAUCGCCGGAAACAUCUACUGGACGGACCAGGGCUUCGAUGUCAUCGAGGUGGCCAGGCUGAACGGGUCCUUCCGCUAUGUUGUCAUCUCGCAGGGGCUGGACAAGCCACGAGCCAUCACGGUCCAUCCAGAGAAGGGGUAUCUCUUCUGGACGGAGUGGGGGCAGUACCCCCGCAUCGAACGGUCCCGCCUGGAUGGGACCGAGCGGAUGGUGCUGGUGAACGUCAGCAUCAGUUGGCCCAACGGGAUUUCCGUUGACUAUGAGGACGGGAAGCUUUACUGGUGUGAUGCCCGGACAGACAAGAUCGAACGAAUCAACGUGGAGACGGGUGAAAACCGAGAGGUUGUCCUGUCCAGCAACAACAUGGACAUGUUCUCGGUGUCGGUCUUCGAGGAGUACAUUUACUGGAGCGAUAGGACUCACGCCAACGGCUCCAUCAAAAGAGGCAACAAGGACAACGCCACCGCGUCGGUGUCCCUGCGGACGGGGAUCGGCGUGCAGCUCAAGGACAUCAAAGUCUUCAACCGGGCCAGGCAGAAGGGCACCAACAUCUGUGCCCAGAGCAACGGGGGCUGCCAGCAGCUCUGCCUGUUCCGGGGUGGCGGGCAGAGGACGUGCGCCUGCGCCCACGGCAUGCUGUCCGAGGACGGGGUGAGCUGCCGGGACUACGACGGCUACCUGCUCUACUCGGAGCGCACCAUCCUCAAGAGCAUCCACCUGUCAGACGAGAACAACCUCAACGCGCCCAUCAAGCCCUUCGAGGACGCGGAGCACAUGAAGAACGUCAUCGCCCUGGCCUUCGACUACCGCUACGGCUCCAAGGGCAGCAACCGCAUAUUCUACAGCGACAUCCACUUCGGCAACAUCCAGCAGAUCAACGAUGACGGCACGGGGCGCAAGACCAUUGUGGAGAACGUGGGUUCAGUGGAGGGGCUGGCGUACCACCGCGGCUGGGACACGCUCUACUGGACAAGCUACACCACCUCCACCAUCACCCGCCACACCGUGGACCAGAGCCGCCUGGGGGCUUUCGAGAGGGAGACGGUGAUCACCAUGUCGGGGGACGACCACCCCAGGGCCUUUGUGCUGGACGAGUGCCAGAACCUGAUGUUCUGGACCAACUGGAAUGAGCAGCAUCCCAGCAUCAUGCGUGCCACCCUCUCUGGUGCCAACGUCCUCAUCAUCAUUGACCAGGACAUACGGACGCCCAACGGGCUGGCCAUUGACCACAAGGCCGAGAAGAUCUACUUCUCCGACGCCACACUGGACAAAAUCGAACGCUGCGAAUACGAUGGCUCCCACCGCCACGUGAUCCUGAAAUCGGAGCCCGUGCACCCCUUUGGCCUGGCUGUCUACGGCGAUUACAUCUUCUGGACGGACUGGGUGCGCAGGGCUGUGCAGCGAGCCAACAAGUACGUGGGCACCGACAUGAAGCUCCUGCGUGUCGACAUCCCCCAGCAGCCCAUGGGCAUCAUCGCCGUGGCCAACGACACCGACAGCUGCGAGCUGUCCCCGUGCAGGGUGAACAACGGCGGCUGUCAGGACCUCUGCCUGCUGACGCCAAAGGGUUACCUGCACUGCAUGAACGGGCGCUGCGUCGCCAGCCGCUACUGGUGCAACGGGGUGGAUGACUGCGGGGACAACUCGGACGAAGUGCCGUGCAACAGUAAGCGAGCGGGCUGGCUGGCUCCCGGCCGGCCCUUGCCAGGGCUCCGGUGGCUGCCGGGGACAGGGAUGGUGGCUUCGGGAAGGUGUUGCCUUCAGCUUGACAGGAUCAGAGCGGAGCCAGGGCCCGCCACGGACUGCAGCAGCUAUUUCAAGCUGGGGGUGAAGGGUACGACGUUCCAGAAGUGCGAACACACCUCCCUGUGCUACGCGCCCAGCUGGGUGUGCGACGGCGCAAACGACUGCGGGGACUACUCAGACGAGCGCAACUGCCCGGGGGGAAGGAAACCCAAGUGCCCAGCCAACUACUUCGCCUGCCCAAGCGGGAGGUGCAUCCCCAUGACCUGGACCUGUGACAAAGAGGACGACUGCGAGAACGGAGAGGACGAGACCCACUGCAGUGAGCGGCAGGACAAGUUCUGCUACCCCGUGCAGUUCGAGUGCAACAACCACCGCUGCAUCUCCAAGCUCUGGGUGUGCGAUGGGGCGGACGACUGCGGGGACGGCUCCGACGAGGACAGCCGCUGCCCGUGCGACGAGCGGGAGUUCAUGUGCGGCAACCGCCAGUGCAUUCCCAAGCACUUCGUCUGCGACCACGACGACGACUGCGGCGACGGCUCGGAUGAGUCCCCGGAGUGUGAGAACAAGUGCAACGACUCCUUCUUCCUCUGCAAGAACGGGAAAUGCGUCCCGGAGGCGCUGCUUUGCGACAACAACAAUGACUGCAUGGAUGGCUCGGACGAGCUCAACUGCUUCAUCAACGAGUGUCUCAACAAGAAGCUGAGUGGCUGCUCCCAGGAGUGCGAGGACCUCAAGAUCGGGUACAAGUGCAGAUGCCGUCCCGGGUUCCGGCUGAAGGACGACGGGAAGACGUGCAUUGACAUCGAUGAGUGCUCCACCACCUACCCCUGCAGCCAGAAGUGCAUCAACACUCUGGGCAGCUACAAGUGCCUGUGCAUAGAGGGCUACAAGCUCAAACCUGACAACCCCACCAGCUGUAAAGCUGUCACAGACGAAGAGCCCUUCCUCAUCUUCGCCAACCGAUACUACCUGAGGAAGCUCAACCUGGAUGGCUCCAACUACACGUUGCUCAAACAGGGGCUGAACAAUGCGGUGGCUCUGGAUUUCGACUACCGGGAGCAGAUGAUCUACUGGACAGACGUCACCACGCAGGGCAGCAUGAUCCGCCGCAUGCACAUCAACGGGAGCAACGUCCAGGUUCUUCACCGCACCGGCCUCAGCAACCCCGACGGGCUGGCUGUGGACUGGGUGGGAGGCAACCUGUACUGGUGCGACAAAGGUCGGGACACCAUCGAAGUGUCGAAGCUCAACGGCGCCUACCGCACCGUGCUGGUGAACUCGGGCCUGCGUGAGCCCCGGGCGCUGGUGGUGGAUGUGCAGAACGGUUACCUAUACUGGACGGACUGGGGGGACCACUCCCUGAUUGGGAAGAUCGGCAUGGAUGGCACCAACCGCAGCGUCAUCGUUGACACCAAGAUAACUUGGCCCAACGGCCUCACCCUCGACUACAUCAACAGCCGGAUCUACUGGGCCGACGCGCGGGAGGACUACAUCGAGUUCGCCAGCCUGGACGGCUCCAACCGGCCCACGGGGGAGGGCGCCCAGUUCAAAUGCACCAACACCAACCGCUGCAUCCCCGGCAUUUUCCGCUGCAACGGUCAGGACAACUGCGGCGACGGCGAGGACGAGAAGGACUGCCCGGAGGUCACUUGUGCCCCCAACCAGUUCCAGUGCGCGAUCACCAAGCGCUGCAUCCCCCGCGUCUGGGUCUGCGACCGGGACAACGACUGCGUGGAUGGCUCGGAUGAACCUGCCAACUGCACUGAAUUCAAAUGCAGGCCAGGGCAGUUCCAGUGCUCCACGGGGAUCUGCACCAACCCAGCCUUCAUCUGCGAUGGAGACAACGACUGCCAGGACAACUCGGAUGAAGCCAACUGUGAUGAACGAACCUGCGAGCCCUACCAGUUCCGCUGCAAGAACAACCGCUGCGUGCCGGGUCGCUGGCAGUGCGACUACGACAACCCUGCUCAAUCCCUGCUCACACAAAUGACGUGCGGCGUGGACGAGUUCCGGUGCAAGGACUCGGGCCGGUGCAUCCCAGCGCGCUGGAAGUGCGACGGGGAGGACGACUGCGGGGAUGGGUCUGACGAGAAAGACUGCACGCCGCGCUGCGAGUUCGACCAGUUCCAGUGCAAGAACGGGCACUGCAUCCCCAUGCGCUGGCGCUGCGACGCCGACGCCGACUGCAUGGACGGCACCGACGAGGAGAACUGCGGCACCGGGGUUCGCACGUGCCCCCUGGACGAGUUCCAGUGCAACAACACGCUGUGCAAGCCCCUGGCCUGGAAGUGCGAUGGGGAGGAUGACUGCGGGGAUAAUUCGGAUGAAAACCCCGAAGAGUGCUUGAAAUUCCAGUGUCCCCCCAACAGACCGUUCCGCUGCAAGAACGACCGGGUAUGUCUGUGGAUCGGUCGACAGUGCGACGGCAUCGACAACUGUGGAGACAACACGGAUGAGAAGGACUGCGAGUCGCCCACCGCCAAGCCCAAGAGCUGCAGCCAGGACAAGAACGAGUUCCUGUGCGAGAACAAGAAGUGCAUCAGCGCCAACCUCCGCUGCAACUUCUUCGACGACUGCGGCGAUGGCUCCGAUGAGGAAUUCUGCUCCCACGACCACAAGUCGUACGACUGCAUGACCAACACCACCAUGUGCGGAGAUGAGGCCCAGUGCAUCCAGUCGCGGUCCACCUCGUACUGCACGUGCCGCAGAGGCUUCCAGAAGGUGCCAGACAAGAAUUCCUGCCAAGAUAUCAACGAGUGCCUACGCUUUGGGACCUGCUCCCAGCUCUGCAACAACACCAAGGGCUCCCACGUCUGCAGCUGCGCCAAGAACUUCAUGAAGACGGACAACAUGUGCAAGGCGGAAGGCUCCGAGCACCAAAUCCUCUACAUCGCGGACGACAACAAGAUCCGGAGCAUGUACCCCUUCAACCCCAACUCGGCCUACGAGCCGGCCUUCCAGGGCGAUGAGAACGUGCGCAUCGACGCCAUGGACAUCUACGUCAAGGGCAACAAGAUCUACUGGACGAACUGGCACACGGGCAAGAUCUCGUACCGGGAGCUGCCCGCCUCUUCCGCCGCCUCCACGGCCUCCAACCGCAACCGGCGCCAGAUCGAUGGCGGCGUCACCCACCUGAACAUCUCAGGGCUGAAGAUGCCGCGGGGAAUUGCCAUCGACUGGGUUGCUGGGAAUGUCUACUGGACAGACUCGGGGCGGGAUGUCAUUGAGGUGGCACAGAUGAAAGGCGAGAAUCGCAAGACGCUCAUCUCGGGCAUGAUUGAUGAGCCCCACGCCAUCGUAGUGGACCCGCUUAGGGGGACUAUGUACUGGUCAGACUGGGGCAAUCACCCCAAGAUCGAGACGGCGGCUAUGGAUGGAACGCUGCGCGAGACCCUGGUGCAGGACAACAUCCAGUGGCCAACAGGUGAACGGAGAGAGAUCCAUCCCAAAUCCCUACAUCCAAAAUCCGCCUCUGCCUGCACGUGUCCCCUCUUCGCUUCCCCAGGGCUGAGCCAUCCUUUUAGCAUCGACAUCUUUGAGGACUACAUCUACGGCGUCACCUACAUCAACAACCGCAUCUUCAAGAUCCACAAGUUUGGGCACAAGGCUGUCACCAGCCUGACCUCUGGCCUCAACCACGCCACCGAUGUUGUGCUCUACCACCAGUACAAGCAACCAGAGGUGACCAACCCCUGCGACCGCAAGAAGUGCGAGUGGCUCUGCCUGCUCAGCCCCAGCGGCCCCGUCUGUACCUGCCCCAACGGCAAGCGCCUGGACAACGGCACCUGCGUCGUCAUUCCCUCGCCCACCGUCUCCCCCAUCG